CGAAUUCCAUCAUCAACAUCCGCAACCCACAUCCGCCCUCUCUCGAUUAUUGUAUACCUAUUCCUACUAGUAAAGUUUAAUCCAAUCAACAAAUAACGACGACAAGUCAAUAGCAACAGAAAACAGCCAAAAAUGGUGGCUUUCUUGUUGCCGCUGCAGCUGCCAGCUCCUCUCCACACUCGUCCUCUUCCCCAUCACCGCCCGCCAGUCGCCGUCGCCAUGGCCUCGGCCUCCACCUCGGACAGCCCAAAUCCCAUCGUGCUGGGCUGCGGCGCCGCGUCCGUGGACUAUCUGGCCACGGUCGCCUCCUUCCCCAACCCCGACGACAAGAUCCGCAGUCUCGCCCUCAAGGUGCAGGGAGGGGGCAACACGGGCAACGCCCUCACUGCAGCUGCACGCCUCGGCCUCCGCCCCAGGAUCAUUUCCAAGGUAUCUAACGAUGCUCAAGGAAGAAACAUCCUCAAGGAGCUGCAAGAUGAUGGCAUCGACACAUCCUACAUGCUUGUUGCUGAGGAUGGGAAUUCUCCCUUCACCUACAUCAUUGUUGAUAACCAAACGAAAACUCGUACAUGUAUACACACUCCUGGUUAUCCCCCGCUGUUGCCAGAGGAACUCACAAAGGAAAACUUGUCUGCCGCUUUAGACGGUGCAGACAUGGUCUAUUUUGAUGUGCGGUUGCAUGAGACUGCUUUGAUCGUUGCAGAAGAGGCAAGUCGAAGAAAAAUCCCUAUUUUCAUCGAUGCCGAAAAAAAGAGGGAGGGAUUGGAUGAGCUUCUUAAUUUUGCAACCUAUGUUGUAUGUUCUGCAAAGUUUCCUCAGGCCUGGACAGGAGCCUCAUCAACUCCAGUUGCUUUAGUUUCCAUGCUUUUAAGAUUACCGAAGAUCAAAUUUGUUAUUGUAACUCUAGGGGAGAAAGGUUGCUUAAUGCUUGAAAGAAGCACAAUAGAUGCUUCUGAGGCAGACAAAAUAGACAUAGAGGCACUGUUAGAAUCUCUAGAGAAGAAAGUUGAUCAGAGUUCUACGACACCAAAUUGCAUUACUUCCAAGGCUAAUUUGAGAAUAAGUGCAGAUGGAGUGGGGUCCAUAAAUGGCAGGUUACUGUUAGGAACAGCAGAAGUUAUACCACCUGAUGAGCUCAUUGAUACAACUGGUGCAGGAGAUGCAUUCAUUGGAGCAGUUCUAUAUGGUUUGUGCACUGGCAUGCCACCAGAGAGGAUGCUGCCUUUUGCAUCACAAGUGCAUUCCAUGGUUGCUGUAUACGCAAAAUUUGCAGGCAGGCUGCGGUUGCAGAGGUUUGGGGGCUCGGAGCAGCCUUCCUCAUCGCACAGACCAACGUCUGGUGGGCUAUUGAUCAACAAAGUUCAGGGUGGCCACAGGGAGAGAGAGACUACUGCAGAUCGAGGCUACCUAGUGUUUGCCAAGUUAUUAUCAUCGUAGGAAGAUAUGUGUAUUGGUACAUUUGUGGCGGAGCCCUGAUUUGAUUUAUAACGCAAUGUAUGCUCACAUGCCUGGUGACUGAAACCGUUACAAUGUGAGUAACCUUUUUUUUUAAUGUUGCAAGUCCUCAAUGAUUAUUUUCACUUA